CCCUGGCCCCCGCCCCUGCCGCCCAGAGCCGCAAUGGCAGAGCUGCCGGCGUCCGAGAUGCCGGGGGACCCCGCGCUAUGCAGUGGGCGCUUCACCAUCAGCACGCUGUUGGGGGGUGAGGAGCCCCCGCCGCCCACCGCCUACGACAGCAGCCACCUGACCCACGGCAGCACGUUCUACAUGCGCACCUUUGGCUACAACACUGUCGAUGUAGUCCCGGCCUACGAGCACUACGCCAACAGCGCCCUGCCGGGGGAGCCCCGAAAGGUCCGGCCCACGCUGGCCGAUCUGCACUCCUUUCUCAAGCAGGAAGGCAGCCACCUGCAUGCCCUGGCCUUUGACAGCCGGCCCAGCCAUGAGAUGACCGACGGACUGGUGGAAGACGAGGGAGGCACCAGCAGCGAGAAGAACCCUGGGGAGCCUGUGCGCUUUGGCUGGGUCAAGGGGGUGAUGAUCCGUUGCAUGCUCAAUAUCUGGGGUGUGAUCCUCUACCUGCGGCUCCCCUGGAUUACAGCCCAGGCAGGCAUUGUCCUGACCUGGAUCAUCAUUUUGCUGUCGGUCACCGUGACCUCCAUCACCGGCCUCUCCAUCUCGGCCAUCUCCACCAACGGCAAGGUCAAGUCAGGUGGCACCUACUUUCUCAUCUCCCGGAGCCUUGGCCCAGAGCUAGGGGGCUCCAUUGGCCUCAUUUUUGCUUUUGCCAAUGCCGUGGGUGUGGCCAUGCACACCGUGGGCUUCGCAGAGACCGUGCGGGACCUGCUCCAGGAGUAUGGCACGCCCAUCGUGGACCCCAUCAAUGACAUCCGCAUCAUCGGUGUGGUCACCGUCACUGUGCUGCUGGCCAUCUCCCUGGCUGGCAUGGAGUGGGAGUCCAAGGCCCAGGUUCUCUUCUUCCUUGUCAUCAUGGUCUCCUUUGCCAACUACUUGGUGGGGACGCUGAUUCCCCCGUCUGAGGACAAGGCUUCCAAAGGCUUCUUCAGCUACCGGGCGGACAUUUUUGUCCAGAACUUGGUGCCCGACUGGCGGGGCGCGGACGGCAGCUUCUUCGGGAUGUUCUCCAUCUUCUUCCCAUCAGCCACGGGCAUCCUUGCAGGAGCCAACAUCUCCGGGGAUCUCAAGGACCCUGCUGUAGCCAUCCCCAAGGGAACGCUCAUGGCCAUUUUCUGGACCACUGUCUCCUAUCUGGCCAUCUCGGCCACCAUCGGCCCUGCUCCUUCUUCAGGCUCCUGCGUAGUUCGUGAUGCCUCCGGGGUCCUGAAUGACACGGUAACCCCCGGCUCGGGCGCCUGCGAGGGGCUGGCCUGCGGCUACGGCUGGAACUUCACCGAGUGCGCCCACCAGCACAACUGCCACUAUGGCCUCAUCAACUACUACCAGACCAUGAGCAUGGUGUCCGGCUUUGCGCCCUUGAUCACGGCUGGCAUUUUUGGGGCCACCCUCUCCUCCGCCCUGGCCUGCCUCGUCUCUGCUGCCAAAGUCUUCCAGUGCCUGUGUGAGGACCAGCUGUACCCGCUGAUCGGCUUCUUCGGGAAGGGCUAUGGCAAGAACAAAGAGCCGGUGCGUGGCUACCUGCUGGCCUACGCCAUCGCUGUGGCCUUCAUCAUCAUCGCUGAGCUCAACACCAUUGCCCCCAUCAUCUCCAAUUUCUUCCUGUGCUCGUACGCCCUCAUCAACUUCAGCUGUUUCCAUGCGUCCAUCACCAACUCGCCUGGGUGGCGACCCUCGUUCAGAUACUACAGCAAGUGGGCGGCGCUCUUCGGGGCGGUCAUCUCCGUGGUCAUCAUGUUCCUUCUCACCUGGUGGGCCGCUCUUAUUGCCAUCGGCGUCGUCCUCUUCCUCCUGCUCUACGUGAUCUACAAGAAGCCAGAGGUGAACUGGGGUUCCUCGGUGCAGGCCGGCUCCUACAACCUGGCCCUGAGCUACUCGGUGGGCCUCAACGAGGUGGAGGACCACAUCAAGAACUACCGUCCCCAAUGCCUAGUGCUCACGGGACCCCCCAACUUCCGCCCGGCCCUGGUCGACUUUGUGGGCACCUUCACCCGGAACCUCAGCCUGAUGGUCUGUGGCCAUGUGCUCAUCGGACCCCGCAAACAGAGGAUGCCUGAGCUCCGGCUCAUUGCCAAUGGGCACACCAAGUGGCUGAACAAGAGGAGGAUCAAGGCCUUCUACUCAGAUGUCAUUGCCGAGGACCUCCGGAGUGGUGUUCAGAUUCUCAUGCAGGCCGCAGGUCUCGGGAGAAUGAAGCCCAACAUUCUGGUGGUUGGGUUCAAGAAGAACUGGCAGUCGGCUCACCCGGCCACGGUGGAAGACUACAUUGGCAUUCUGCAUGAUGCUUUUGACUUCAACUAUGGUGUGUGUGUCUUGAGGAUGCGUGAGGGGCUCAACGUCUCAGAGGUGAUGCAGGCACACAUUAACCCGGUGUUUGACCCCGUGUUUGACCCUGCGGAGGGCAGCAAAGAAGCCAGCACCAGAGGGGCCAGGCCUUCUGUCUCAGUGGACCCCGAGGCCCUGGGGCGGGAGGAGCAGGCCAGCACCAUCUUCCAGUCUGAGCAGGGCAAGAAGAGCAUCGACAUCUACUGGCUAUUCGAUGACGGAGGCCUCACCCUCCUCAUCCCCUAUCUUCUCGGCCGCAAGAAGAGAUGGAGCAAGUGCAGGAUCCGUGUGUUUGUGGGGGGCCAGAUCAACAGGAUGGACCAAGAGAGGAAGGCGAGAAGGGCUUUCUGCUGGGGAACACAGGCUCAUCUGUCUCAGCCAAAGAGGACGGGCCUGGCUGGGGGCCGGGACAGGCAACGGCAGAAUUGAGCUCAACCAGCCAGAAUUUGGUCAUGUUGGGUUAUUUACUUGGGUUUUCUUGAUCACCUCUUUCUGGCAAGAGAUGCUGGUUUUCUUUUGAAAAUUGCCAUAUGAAAUUUCCAGGUGCAGGUAAGUAAGAAUGUGAGUAGAUUUAAGCAGAAAAAGAAGUAAAUGGAAAGGUAGGUAGGUCAGCCUUGUUUAGAACAAGGUCAAGUGAGGUGGAAGGUUGUGGGUUGGGAGACGCUGGAGGGGGCAGCUGGGUAGGAACAAUGGGUGGCUUGCUCAAGGUCACGGCAUGCAUUAGCCAAAGGGAAAAAAACUCUGCUGGUCUCUGGUGUGUUCUGCCACUGUCCGAGCCCUGAUGUCCCUGGGUCAAGACCUCUGGGCAUGUGCUACCAGGACCGCAUCCCCAUGACCCCUUCUCGGUCACUCCCUGUGUGAGUUAAGGGCAACCAGCAAUCUCCUCUCCUGAUUCUCACCCCUGCUGAGAACCUCUUUGGUCUCCAGGAGAUAAAGAAGUCCAGAAGGCUUCUUUGUAGGCUCAGCUCUCUGUUGUAGCCCCGAAUGCAAGCCUGAGCUAGUGGAGCUCAAGGCUGUGGCACCGGGGGAUCACGGGUGUUCUGCACAUGAAGGGUGUGGGAUGUCCUCUGCCUCCCAACUGUCCAGCCAGGCCAAGCCCUCUGGCCUCCUUGUGACCCCAAGGCCAGGCUGGUGCUGCCUCCGGCUGGGUCCCUGCCCAAGCCUGCCACACCCACGCUGCACACCAGCACAUCUGCUCACAGCUCUGCUUUCCUAAUCUCCCUCCCAAGUUCGGGGUCCAGCAGUGGCUUGACGGCUGGACCUUAAGGUUUAUCCCCCAUCCCUGCCCCCCACCUAGCCAGCCACUUGCUGCUCCUGCCCCACCUCCUACACCCCCAUGCCCUCACUUAUUUAUUUGGACUCCCCACCCCCAUGCACUCAAACCCUGCCAACUUGUUCUAGGGUAUCCCCAAAGCCACAUCCCACUCCAGAUUCUGAUGCACUGGGUAGGCUAGAGCCAAGGCAGGUGUAUUCUUCCAAAGGCUCCUUGGCUGAUUGCACUGUGGACAUUCCUAUCACGCCCCCUUUGGCCUAUCUUGUGCACCAUGCACCAUCCAGCUAGAUUGCCACCUCCUCCGUGAAGCCUUCCCUGACUGCCACCAACCACAGACCCACAAACGGCAUCUCCACCCCUGUUACAUGCAGAGUCAGUGCCACCUGCACAGGCUCGCUCCUCCUGGUUCUAUACUUCGUUCAUGGGUAUCAUAUCUGAUUCCACAGACCACCCUGCAAUUUCCUUCUUAUCCCUUAGACCCUUGGUCCUCGAAGUGUUCUCCGUGGAUUGGUUUCCCCAUCACGUGGGAGCUUGUCAGAAUGCAGAAUCCCAGGCCCUACCCCAGACCAGAUGAAUCAGACUCUGUAUUGGACCAAGGUCCCCGGCAGAUGUACAGACAUUAAAAUGUAGGCUGUGCUAGUGCAGAGGUGGCCACCAGGUGCUUGGAGAAAUACUGCUCAAUCCCUUUUCCUUAUCGCUUGUCACCCUCUGACCUGCUUAAUCAACCUUUGUCUCUUGUCCACCCCUGCCCAGGUGAGAACGUCUGCUCCCUGGGGCCAGGAUUUGAUCUGCGAUUUUUCACUGUUGGAUCCUCGAUAGACAAUACGAACUCACUGAAUAGACGCAUAUGUGU